AUGAAUUCAACUACUAUCAAAGAAGUUGAUACUUUUGAUUUUAUUCAAGGAUCAUUUGAUAAUAAUUUUCAACGAGAAUUAGUAAAAAUUCGAUUUUGUUCGAUAGAAGCUGAUGUUGGUGGUGAUAAUGAACUUGAUAUUGAUGAAUUUCUUGCUUUUCAUUAUCCAGAAAUAGCUGGUCCUUCAUAUAAACAUGUUGUUGAUGAUAUUAUCUUACAAAUGGAUUUGUCAAUUUUCUUUUUUUUUUGUUUUCUGCAAUAUGUUAUUAUAUGUUUAGAUCGUAAUGAUGAUCAAAAAUUGAAUGAAACUGAAUUUUCAUUUUUACCUUGUUAG